GCCUCUCACAACCACACAAGAGGGCGUAUCGAGUCAUCGCUUCGGUUUCGCGCGAGUGGGGCGAGGCGGCGGGCUCUGCUGCACGGUCCCGGACUGGUGCAACCGCGACAGCGCAGCGUGCACCACACGCUGCGCAUCAAAGAGGUGCAGAGGUGGAGUCUCAGCAUGAGUCUCCGCACCACACAACUCUCCAUCACCCUGGAACGAUUACCAGAAUGGUUCCAGAGCCACGACCGCGCGCAGUCGCUGCUGCGCGUCGGCGCCUGGGCGGGAGCCUACUACGCCGUGCACCGGGCGACGUACGCGCUGUCGCUCGUCGCGGCCCCAAAAAACAAGCGCACACCCGGCGGCGUCGAUUUAGAUGGUCCGGUGCCGCGCUACGCGGGCUGUUCCCUGCGCAAGGUCGCGGCGGCGCGCGCGGCGUCGUUCGUGCACGCCGUGGGCUCGUUCGCGUGGAACGCGCGGCUCAUGCGGCGGCACUGGAAUGUUUUGCGCGACGUGGCGCAGCGACGGCCUGUCGUGAGAUUUCUCGGGCGCGCGUUGCCGCUGUUGGCUUAUGACGCGAGCAAUGAGCUCCCCGGCGCGCGCGAGGCGUUGUGUUGUUCCUUAGGCUACUUCGUGCAGGAGCUCGCGCACGUCCUCGGCAACGAGCCGGAUCCCGUCUUCGUGGCGCAUCAUGCAGCUUACUUGGCGGCAACCUUACCCAUCGUCUGCUCGCCGCGGGGCUGGGCCAUGGUGAGCCUCGCGACGCUGCUCGCGGAGGUGACGAACCCGCUCCAGUUGAGCUGGGAGCUCGCGCGCGCCUUCGGCUGCGAGCAGGUCUACGACGCGCUGUCGCCGCUGUUCACCUUUGGGUUUGCAGUGUGUCGCGGCGUGCUGAUGCCGCUGGCCAUGGGAGAUAUCGCGGUGUCGAUAUUCGGCCGCGACGGUGGCGCGCGCGCGCCCCCGGCCAUGCGCUUCGCCUACGGCGUCUUCUUCGUCGGCAUCGGCGCGUCGGGCGUGUGGUUGGCGCAAUUGAUCCGCGGCUUCCGACGCUACCGGCGGAAGAAGCGGCUCAACAACAACGGGGCGGUGCCGAAGCCUCCGCGCGACCGGCGGCCGAGCGAUUGUAUCUAGUAUCAUUAUCUAAAAGUAAGUUGCCGACAGCUA